AUGUUAGAUUCAAUAAAACGUGUAUGUCCUGAAUCACAGAUUACUAAACUAAAAUUACUUUGUCCAACAAGAUGGGUCGAUCGGCAUGACUCCAUAAUUACUUUUAUGGAAUUAUUUGAUGCAGUUAUUGAUGGAUUAUCAAUUAUUUCUACAUGGCCAGACAGAGAAUCGUCAUCAGGAGCUUAUCAACUUUUGUGUGCUAUUAAGCAACCUGAAUUUAUUUUGGCAACACAUCUGCUAGCAAAAGUAUUUAGCAUAAGUUUACCUCUUAGUAAACUUCUUCAAAUGCAAAAUAUUGAUUUGAUUGAAGACAUGUCUCUGGCAGAUAAUGUAUCUGAUGUGUUAAAAAAUAUCAGAAAUAAUGCAGAUGAGGAUUUUAAGAAACUAUUUUUGAAAGUGAAAGAAAAAUGUAUGUCACUUGAUAUUGAAAUAACUUUACCUCGUUUAACAAACAUACAAAAAAAUCGGUUUAAUGUAAAAACUACUUGUCCAAAUGAAUACUAUAAAAUAUCAUUGUUUAUUCCAUUUUUAGAUAAUUUUAUUAGUCAACUUCAUGAUAGGUUCAUUGCACAUAAAUCUCUAAUUACCAAUUUUUGCUGUCUCUUACCAAACAAUAAUUUGCCAAAUAGAGAAGAAAACAUAAAAAGUUUGGCAGAAAAGUAUAGUGAAGAUCUUCAAUGUAGUUCAGAUUCAGUAAUUGGAGAAGUAUUGACAUGGACACAAAAAUUUGUUAGAACAGAAAAACCAAAAAAUGCAUUAGAAGCUCUUAUAGCAUGUAACCCACUCAUUUUUCCAUCUACUUAUAAACUUCUCCAAAUAAUAGCUACACUUCCCGUAACUACAGCAAGCAGUGAAAGGUCAUUUUCUACGUUAAAAAGACUUAAGACAUACCUUAGAAAUACUAUUGGAGAAAACAGAUUAAAUAGUUUAGCACUACUAAAUAUUCAUCGUGAAAUUAUUUUAACAACAGAUGAAGUUCUUAAUGACUUUGCAAAAGACUCAAGAAAAAUAAGAUUGCUAUAG